AUGUCUUUGGAAAUUCGGUCAAUCGGAGAAGUCAUCAGUUAUCAAGCUACACCGCGGACUGAAUUUGUAGUCGGAAUGGGAGUCGUUAAAUCAAAAACAAGUGAAAACGAAAGUAUUACAUUCAACAUUAUCCAAUUUAUUCCAGUCGAUGCCGAAGAUCCAUGUUAUGUCACUUCAAAAAUUUCUCUGGAUCCAUCAUCCAUCCCUCAUGAUUUUACUUACGUAACAGCAAUUGGUGCGAUUGCUAGUAAACCGAACAUUACAGAAACGACAGUUUCGUUCGACGUAAGUCUUUCACAGUAUGUAAAGACUAAUACAGGAGUCUCUCCUCCGUCGUCUCGCCGAACCACUGUUGUCCGAAGCAUCGCAGAACAGUCACCCCCACCAAAAAAACCAAAACUUGUCAAUUCUUCCACCACCCUCUCAAGUACCACCGCGUCGGAAACCGAGUCAAGCGGCUCCAUGCAAAUUGAGGACAUCAAUCCCAAUGAAGGCGUAUCGAACGACACUCAGCAAUGCUUGCAUCAAUCGAAUCAAACAAAACGACUAAAUCCAGGCGAACAACCCUACGAGAUUUAG